AUGGAUGGAGAUUGGGACGAGGUCGCCCGGAUAGCGCAUCCGCCUCCGGGCCCCAUGGGUAAUCCGACACCUCCCACCGUCUUAGCCUUCGAUACCAACCAGGAGCUGCUCUGGACCGGCAACGGGUUCGGUCGAGUAAUGUCCUUUUAUGGCAACAAGCUGCAGCCCUACACAUCAUUCCGAAUACAUCCGUCCCAAGAUGGCGCCGUCCGACAAAUAUUGUUCAACGACAAGGGCGUCGUGUCCCUCGGCCCCCGCGGCGUGCACAUGGCGAACCGCCGGGGUCUACCAUUGUGGUCAAUCAGACAUGAAGAUUUCACAGCGUUACGUUGCAUGAGCUUUACAUCCAGGGGUACCACCGAGAUUCUGGUCGCGGGCGAGCAAUACAAGAUGUUCGUCAUUGACACGAACAAGGGGGAGGUGACCAAACAAGUAUCGACGGGACACCAGUACAGCAGCAUGCGAAGGAGCCGAUAUAUAUGUGCUGCCACGCCGACAGGUGCUGUCCACAUUCUCGAUCCGAUAACGUUCCAGGUCCUCAAGAUAUGGCAGCCGCAUACCUCCGCGCUGAAUGACAUGGACGCCCAACACGACUUCAUAGUAACGUGCGGCUACUCCUUGCGUCAACAGGGCCACUACAUACCGGACCCCUUCGUCAACGUGUUCGACCUAAAGAAUAUGGUCUCCAUGUCUCCUAUCCCCUUCCCAGCGGGCGCUUCCUACGUUCGGAUGCAUCCCAGAAUGUCCACCACCACCAUCGUCGUGACCCAGCUGGGUCAGAUGCAAGUGGUCGACCUGAUGAACCCCAACACCAGUAAUAUCCAUCAGGCGAACUGUCAAUCGUAUGUGUCCAUGAUUGAGAUAGCAUCAUCCGGAGAAGCAGUAGCCAUGGCAGAUGUGGAAUGCAAUAUCCACCUCUUGGGGUCACCGAACAAGCUCCACUUCACAGAUCUUGCCACGCCUAUAGAGUAUGCCGAUGCCACUGCCAGUGCCGCACGAAUUGGCAUUGACUCUCUUGACACCCCAUUGAGCUCUAUUGGCAUGCCGUUCUACCGGGAGACGUUGCUCUCAGCAUGGCCUGAGAACAUGGUGACCUCGGUCGGUGCUCCGCCCGUCAAGAUCGAUCCCCAGGUAUUAUCGACUCUUCAAGAAAGAGAAUGGGGCUAUUGGGGCAAGAACAUCCGUCCACAACUCAGAAACCAGGUCGAGGACACCCGUAGCAGCGAGAGUCCCAAGAGUCGCCUGAGACCACCAAGAUUCCUGAGCGAGAAGGCUAGGGAUCUGGCCAACUCGCCAGCAGGGACACCAGCGCCGGAAGAAACCAUUCCAGAGUUUCCACAAGUCUCGCACGAUGCCAAUCUGGAGUGUCGCAAGGCCGAAGUGCCCGAACUGUAUCGGACUAUUGAGAUUAAGUACAGCAGGUUUGGCAUUGGCGACUUCGAUUUCGGAUACUUCAACAAGACACAGUACUCGGGCCUGCAGAAUCACAUUGUCAACGCAUAUGCAAACUCACUCCUUCAAGUGAUGCACUAUACUCCCCUGAUCCGGAAUAUUGCUUUGCAACAUGCGGCUACAGCUUGCGUCGAUGAGCUAUGUCUCCUGUGCGAGUCGGGCUUCCUCUUUGACAUGCUCCAUAAAGCAGAAGGAGAGCCCUGCCAGGCAUACAAUUUGACGAAGACCCUAAGCUACCAUCCACAGGCGAGCCAGGCAGGGUUACUCGACAGCGCGCCUCUCGUGCUCCACUCUCGCACUACGAUGUUACAGCACCUUGCGAAAUUCCUCCUCGAAAGGAUGUCCGUUAACUACAAUAAGAUGGCCAGGAACGACGAAAGCUCUGAUGCUGAGGCACCUCAGUCCAAGACUUUCGAAGAGUUAUUUCGCAUGUCCGCAGUAAACUCCAUCAGGUGUAUGAACUGUAGGAUAGAAACCACCAGAUCUGAGGCGAGUAUGGUAACUGAUAUGAUCUACCCUCUCAAUAAUCCUGAACCCCGUAACCCACGGCCGCGGAGCUCGACAUUCUCUCAAAUCAUCAAGAUUAGUUUAGAGCGUGAAACGACCAACAAGGGCUGGUGCAGCAACUGCCUCAAGUAUCAGGCGCUGGCCAGCAGGAAGACUGUUCAAAGGAUCCCGGAUGUUUUGAUGCUUACGACUGCAAUCAAUAGUGCGAUCAAUGGUAACGCUCAUCGCCGCCUUUGGGCUACACCAGGCUGGCUGCCGGAAGAGAUCGGGAUUAUUGCGGGCAACGGCCAGUUCUUCUGUUAUGAAGGGGAGGACUUGAAAUUGCACUUGCAACGCGGGAGGCAUAACAUCAAGGUGUAUUCCCUGACUGGUUUAGUCGUCAACAUCGAGGGCGGUCUGCAGCACGAGUCCCACCUUGUCGCAAUGGCGAACGUUGCACACUCGGCACCGGUGGCUCCCGGGCAAAGCCAAUGGUAUAUGUUCAAUGAUUUCCACGUGCAGCCGAUCUCUUCCCAGGAGGCUUUGACAUUCAACACAACCUGGAAGACACCGUCUGUCCUCACAUAUCAGGUCAAGACCGCCAAUAACCAGCUCGACUCGAGCUGGAAAAAGAACCUCGAUGACAGGCUAUUAUAUCUCGAUCUACAGCCUGAUAGAGCAGACAAACCCUAUCGUACGCUGGAGCCGUCUGAGCCGGCUGGGCCGGAUACUCUCAUUGCGAUAGAUACCGAGUUUGUGCAGAUUUCGCAGUCUGAAAUGGAGGUGCAUUCCGAUGGUGAUGCACAGAUCAUCCGACCCAUAUUCCACGCAUUGGCCAGAGUCUCCAUCGUUCGAGGCGGUGGUAUGGAUGAAGGUAUUCCUUUCAUUGACGACUAUAUCACUAUUAAGGAGAAGGUCCACAACUACUUGACCUCCUAUUCGGGCAUCACCGAAGAGGAUCUGGACGUGACGAACCCAAGGGGACACAACCUGGUACCAUUGAAGAUCGCGUACAAGAAGAUAUGGAUCCUUCUCAACCUUGGCUGCAAGUUCCUCGGUCAUGGCCUCAGCGGGGACUUCCGGGUCAUCAAUAUUCACGUGCCGAAGUCGCAGGUGAUCGACACUAGUACUCUCUUCUUCAUCAAAGAACGCCUUAGGAAGCUGAGUCUGCAGUUCCUCGCUUAUGCUGUGCUAAGGGAAGAGAUCCAGAAGGACACGCACGACUCCAUCGAGGACGCGAGGACGGCGCUGCGGCUGUACCGGAAAUACCAGGAGUACAGCGAGGCAGGCAUACUGGAGACGAUAUUGCGGGAGAUAUACGUCACGGGAUCGGCAUGCAACUUCAAGGCCCCUAGGAGGACUGGUGCUGACGUCCCGAGGACGGACACCCCGCCCGUGGAUGGAGCACCAGGUCACGGUCCCUCGACGCCGGUACGAAGGCCGGGAGGAACUGCUACUCCCGGUUCCACUCCGCUUAAAGGGCUGAACUUCGGAUAG